AUGCGUGUCGACGUCGCGUCUCGAGCCGUCCGCGCGGCCCUGCGCUUCUCCGCCCAGUGUCCCGCCCGUCAGCUCCACGCCGCGCACGCGUCCGCCGCUCUCCGCGCCGCUCUGGCCGUCGACGCCAGUCACCGCCCGAGUCACUCGCGUCCUUCUUUUCUGCCAAUAGCUGCAGCCGUCGCUCUCGCUGGAGCCGCUACAGUCGCGAUACUGAAGGAUGACGAGUCCGUCUCCACUAAGUGCGAGGGCACCAUCAAGCCCGUGAGUCGAGAGGCCGUGACGCAGGCGAUGCUCAAGGAGGUCGUGGCCAAGCUCAACCGCAUCGAGAGCGCCGUGGCGAACCCCCACCGCCACUCUGACAGUCUCAACGCCGGCGUGGACGUCGUGCUGGGGGCUCAAUGGGGCGACGAGGGCAAGGGCAAGCUCGUGGACAGUCUGUCGCAGUCUUAUGACGUGAUCGUGCGCGUCGCUGGCGGCUCGAACGCUGGUCACACGAUCGUCCACGAAGGCAAGAAGUACAAGUUCCAUCUGGUGCCGUCGGGGAUUUUGAACCCGGACGCGGUCUGCAUCAUUGGCAAUGGAGUGGUCGUGCACUUGCCGAGCUUUUUAGAAGAGCUCAAGGGGCUCGAGCGGAUGGGCGUGAGCUACGAAGGCCGCAUCCUCAUUUCGGAUCGAGCGCAUAUGGUGCUGGAUUUGCACCAGGAAGUGGACGGGAUCAACGAGCUGCGUCGUGGCCGGAACAAGAUUGGCACGACCAAAAAGGGCAUUGGUCCGGCCUAUUCAUCCAAGAUGCUGCGCAACGGGGUGCGAGUGGGGGAUUUGCGCUACUUUGACGAUUUCUCGGAAAAGCUGCGUGACCAGGUCAAGUUUUACAAGGACAAUUAUCCAGAGCUAGUCACGGAUGCGGAGGCUGAGAUCAAGGUGUACAGCGACAUGAAGGACAAGAUUUUGAGCAUGACAGUUGAUACGGUGGCGUAUUUGAACGACGCGUACGUGUCGGGUAAGAAGAUUCUGGUUGAAGGGGCUAACGCCACCAUGCUGGACAUCGACUUUGGCACGUACCCGUACGUGACGUCAAGCAACCCGAGCAUUGGCAGUGUGUGCACGGGUGGCGGUAUCUCCCCGAACCGCCUGAAUGGCAUUAUUGGCAUUGUCAAGGCGUACUGUACGCGUGUCGGUGAAGGACCGUUUCCGACGGAGUUGUACGAUGAGGUUGGCAAUCACUUGGGUACGGUCGGUGCCGAGUUUGGCACGACAACAGGUCGCGCCCGUCGUUGUGGCUGGCUGGACAUUCCUCAGAUGCGCUACUCGAACAUGGUGAAUGGCUUUACGGAGCUGAAUCUGACCAAGUUGGACGUGCUGACGGGUUUGAAGAAGGUGAAGAUUGGUGUUGCGUACUGGCACAAGGGCAAGAAGUUGGACGGCAUGCCGUCAAACCUGCAGCUGCUGGAAAACUCGGUCGUGGAGUAUGAGGAACUGGAUGGCUGGGCGGAGGAUAUCUCCAAGUGCAAGACAUUUGCAGAGCUACCAGAGGCUGCGAAGAAGUACGUGCUGCGCGUGGAGGAGCUCUUGGGCACGCACAUCAAGUGGAUCGGCGUCGGUCCGGAUCGCUUUGACGUGAUCACGCGCCCUCACCCACUCGAGAAGACUUACGUUCCUAGCAACUAG